AUGGCAUCCGUACAGUCUACCCCGCAGGAAAUUAACAUAUUCGCGAUCCUGUACCCUGCUCCUAGCAAGAUGAAUAGAGUCAAGGAACUCCUGGCUGGUCAUGCUGCUGCGACACACAAGAACGAAGACCGCACAGUGCGCUUCAUCGUCACAGAGUCCGUUGAUCCUUCCGCAGAGGCAGCGCUUUAUCUUUUCGAGACCUAUUCGAGCAAGGAUGACGCCGAUAGACAUCUUCGGUCGGAGAACUUCCAGAUUCUCCUGAAGGCCGCCCAAGAAGAGGAGCUCAUGGCGAAACAUCCGCAAAUUGUCUUCACGAAGACUUUCGCCGGCUACGACUUGGAUCGCAAGCUGGUGCAAUAG